AUGAAGCGAAAGAAAGACGCUCUCCAGUCCGAGCUGGCGAAGCAGGAAGAGUGCCUUCGGCGCCAAGUAGCGGAGCGCGAGGCCCAGAGGAAACGCAUGGCCGACGAGAAGGCGAGGCGACUCAAGCAGAGUAUCUUGGUUGGGACACAGUCGCCGCGAGACUUGGAAACCGUGGAACAGACGCUCCGGAGAUUCAACGAGGAGAAGCAAGCGUUUGAAACUGCCCUCGAGGAAGAAGAAAGGCGGCAGGAGGAGGUUCUGGCCGCGCGAGUUGCGAAGAAGAAGGUUGAACGACGAAGGAAAGACCGAGAAAGAAAAGAGGCAGAGAAGAAGCGCUUCUUUGCUCAGCAGGACGAAGUCACAAAGAUACUCAAAGAGAGGGAACGACAGAGAGAGCUCGCGGCCGUUCGGGCCCAGCAAGCCGCCAAGGAGAGAGAGGAAGAACUGAAGCGCAGGUUUGUGCCGGACACGCACUCGGAUCAGAGACGCUCCACUCCGAGACGUUUGGCUCCGUUUUUCACGAGAAUCGGCGACGAGGCAGGCAGACAGGCACUCUUUGUGCUAAUGGGGACAUGUGCAAUCAGCGUGGCAUCGAGUGUUCACCCAGAGGUUCCAUGGAAAUGUAUUCGAAUUCCACUUUCGACGCGUGGGUUCCUCUCGUGUGCGGAUAUAGAAAGCAACGCGCGAACGAGCUGCAAGAAGAACAGCAGUGGCAUCCGCUGGUUUGGCGGCUGGCUGCGGAAGAGCAGGCUGCAGGCGUCUUGGACUCCGACGAGAGUGGCGAACCCGCGGACUAGCUCUGUGAUGAAAAGCAUCGCCGACGCCAACGCGACCCUCCACCGCACGGAGCCUUAUGUGAAGCUUUUCUUAUCUCAGCUGCGGGCGGCUGAACGGCUAAUGAAUCUGCUGUCGAAACCUGGGAAAGAGGCUUCAAGAGUUUCUAAGAAGCUCGAUUCAAUCGAGAUGCGAAAGAGUGGCGAGGACGACACCAGCAGUGACAGUGACACCAGCAGCUCAAGCAGUUCAAGUAGUUCGCGCAGCUCAAGCAGUUCAAGCAGCUCAAGCAGUUCAAGCAGCUCAAGCAGUUCACGCAGUUCAAGUAGUUCAAGCAGCUCAAGUAGUUCAAGCAGCUCAAGUAGUUCGCGCAGUUCAAGUAGUUCAAGUAGUUCAAGUAGUUCAAGCAGCUCAAGCAGCAGUGAGAGGGGGAGCGAGAGUAGUCAGAGUGAGAGUAUCAGAAGGAGGAGUAGCAGCGGCGAGAGCGGGAAACGCGAGGGUAGCCGCUCAAGUAGCCGCUCUGGCAGCGCGAGUUUGAGUUCGAAUUCGGGUUCUAGUUCGAGCUUGACGACGAAGAGAUCAAGAGGGCGUAUAGCGAGCCGGGGUAAUGGGAGAAGACUCACGAGCGGCAGAGAGGGAAGUUCAAGCGGCAAGAGCGAGACAAGCCGCGGAGACAGCAGUAGCGACAGUGGGGAGAAAAGCGGUGAAGAUGAGGAGCCUGAGAAGGAGUUGAAGUCGGGGCGCUCUUCCAGCGAUGAUUCAAGCUCGCCUUCGUCGAGCCGGUCGUCUCCAGGGACAUCGUCUUCCUCGGCCGCGGGCCAGCAGCGAAGCGCCUCCUCUGAGCAAGCAAAGGCGUCUGGGCCAGGCACCAGCGACGACUCUUCAUCUUCAUCGAGCGCAAGAUCUUCUAGGCUUCACUCCGGAUCCACUUCCCGAUCAUCAUCGGGUUCCAGCAGCGAGGGGGAAUGA